CCCGGCCCGCUCCACUCCCUCCCGCACCUCGCCGUCGCUCGCCCGCCUCCGGCACCGGCGCCCCCUCCCCUCCUCUCUUUCCUUCCUUUCCCGCCGGCUCCCGCCGCCACGCCAGCGCGGGGCUCGGGGGGAGCGCGCAGGCCGCGGUCCCGCUGGCGGCGGGUGGGCGGGCUGACAGGGGCCUCCCGCCGCAGGUGAGGGGCCCGGCCGCCGCCGCCGCCCUUUGUGUGGACCUCGCCGGGGCGGGAGCGGCCCCGGCCGGGCAGGGACUUCACCCCCGCCCCGGACCCCACCGCAUCCCACCUCGGGGCCUCCCGGAGCGGCGGCGGCGAAGGCCUCGGGGCGCCGCCGCCGCGUUUGUCCGCAGGCCGGCGGGGCCGGAGGAGCCGUUCCAUGGGGAGAGGCGGGCGGCGGGACGGGUCUCGCCGCGGGCUAGGGCGGCGGUGGCUGGCCUCCGAGCUCCCCGGCCGCCCCCGCGCCCCGCGGCCCCGCCGCGCCGCUGCCUGAGGCGGCGGUGGCUCGGCUGUGGGAGGCCCGGACGGCGGGGAGCCAGGGGCGGGCAGCAGCCGCGGCGGACCAUGCCGGAGCGGGCCGUGCCGGGGGCCGCUUCUCCAGUUUGAAAGUACCUCUGCUUUCCCGUCUUCUCUCCUUAAAUGGUUGUCGCUUCCCACCUCCCACGUAGGGAUGAGUUAGGCUCGGAGCCGGCGCCGACGCGGGUACCCGCGCAGAGCCCUCGGUAAGCCAAGAGAGAGCUGCUCCCUGGGCUGCCUCCCUCACCCUUCCCAAAUGUGAGCACAUCGCAGCCAGCACAGAGAAGGGCCUCCUCUUGUCUUCAAGGCACUUGCUUCUGCCUCCCAUUCUUUUGUCCAAAAAAGAAAAAGCCAAACCAAACCAGUCUACAAAGAACUUGUGCUGAUCUAAGGAGGAGGCAGUGGAAUCUCAGUCACCUCUUUGCCUCCCAAGAAUCCUGGGUGUGGGCUGGAUUUUCUGCCCUCGACUUCAGGGGAUCAGCUACAGGGAAAGAGGAUCUUGGAUACUUUUGAUUUUUGUUUUUACUUGAAUCCUUUCAACCGAGAAGCUGAAGCUGUCACUGCUAAAAUCACGGGUUUUUUUCCCAAGCAUGUCAGAAAGCUGGCAGCAGCAACAGCAGCAGCCACAGCAGCCGCCGCCACCGCAGCAGCACCACACUGGGGCAGCCGCCCUCCCAGAGCACUCCAUCCCACCCAGCACUGCUGACAACCCCUUGGGCUGUGCUGUCUACGGCAUUCUGCUCCAGCCAGACCCCGGUCUGCAGCACCACCAGCACGCCCCCAUCCAGGCUGGAGAGCCAUCCCACAAAUGUGGUGUGUGUGGCCAUGAUCUCGCUCACCUCUCCAACCCCCAUGAGCACCAGUGCUUGCCAGGCCAUGACCGCUCUUUCCAGUGUACCCAGUGCCUGAAGAUCUUCCACCAGGCCACUGACCUCCUUGAACACCAGUGCAUCCAGGUGGAGCAGAAGCCCUUUGUGUGUGGCGUCUGCAAGAUGGGCUUCUCCCUCCUGACCUCGCUGGCACAGCACCACAACGUCCACAAUGGCAACACCAUGAAGUGCUCUAUCUGUGAGAAGACCUACAAGCCUCCUGAGGCAGAGCAUUCACAGCCUCUCGACCCCUCUGAGAAGCCCUACAGCUGCUCCAUCUGUCAGAAAACCUUCAAGCACCUCUCAGAGCUGUCCCGGCAUGAGCGCAUCCACACAGGUGAGAAGCCAUACAAAUGCACGCUGUGCGACAAGAGCUUCAGCCAGUCAUCCCACCUGGUGCACCACAAAAGGACGCACAGCUCAGAGCGGCCCUACAAGUGCACGGUGUGCGAGAAGACCUUCAAGCACCGCUCCCACCUGGUACGCCACAUGUAUGCGCACUCAGGUGAGCACCUCUUCAAGUGCAAUGUCUGUGAGCUUCACUUCAAGGAGUCAUCGGAGCUGCUGCAGCACCCCUGCACGCCCAGUGGGGAACGGCCCUUCCGCUGUGGUGAGUGCCAGAAGGCCUUCAAGCGCCCCUCAGACCUGCGGCAGCACGAGCGCACGCACAGUGAGGAGCGGCCCUUCAAGUGUGACCUCUGCCAGAUGAGCUUCAAGCAGCAGUACGCCCUUAUGCGCCAUCGCCGCACACACAAGGCCGAGGAGCCCUUCAAGUGCAACCUGUGCGAGAAGGGCUUUGUGCAGCCCUCGCACUUGGUGUACCACCAGCACGUGCAUGGCAUAGAAAACCUCUUCAAGUGCAACGUGUGCCAGAAAGGCUUCAACCAGUCCUCAGAGCUGCUGCGGCACAAGUGUGUGCAGAAUGCAGAGCGGCCCUUCAAGUGCGCGGUGUGCAACAAGUCUUACAAGCGGGCCUCGGCUCUGCAGAAGCACCAGCUGGCCCACUGUGCUGAGAAGCCACUCAAGUGCACGCUCUGUGAGAGACGUUUCUUCUCCUCCUCUGAGUUUGUGCAGCACCGCUGCGACCCAGCCCGCGAGAAGCCCCUCAAGUGCCCUGACUGUGAAAAGCGGUUCAAGUACGCCUCAGACCUUCAGCGCCACCGGCGUGUGCACACGGGCGAGAAGCCCUACAAGUGCCCCUCCUGUGAGAAGGCCUUCAAGCAGCGUGAGCACCUCAACAAGCACCACAGCGUGCACGCCCGGGAGCAGCAGUACAAGUGCAUGUGGUGUGGGGAACGGUUCCUGGACUUGGGCCUGCUGCAGGAGCACAGCGUCCAGCACACGGCUGAGGGUGCCUACCAGGUGGCUGCCUGCUUGCCGUGAGCGCCCCCACCCCUCAGCGGCUUUCAGCUUGCAUGUGACGCUCCUGAGCCUCGGCCUCCCCUUCACUCUCCUCGGUUGUAGACAGCCUCCAGGGAGUUUGUGGGAAAGGGGAGGUAUGGUGGGGUGGGCAGGUAAACUUUCCUCUGGCCUCUGUGGUUGAUAUGUCACCUGUAUAUCAGGGGCGAUGGACGAUGUGAAGAGCUCAAAGAGGGGGAGAGGAAAUGAUGCCUGUAGUUGCUUGGCGUUCCCUGGGCUGUAGUUCACGCUGUACCUGCAGUUCCAGUGCUGGGAGCUCAGCUGCCCACUGUGGCCACCAGCCCUUCGUGUGUGUGGUCUCUUUCCCCUGUCCUGCCUGGUGGGGACAGCUGGGUAACUCUCCUCCUGCAGAGGGCUGGGCAGCAAGGCAGAGCCAGCUCUCUCUUCUCCCGGUGUGCGCUGCUCGGCAAGGGAGUAGCAGGUUUCCACUGCUGGGAUCUCCCAACUUUCUUGGUCUGAGCUCAGCUGAGAGGACCAUUUUGGAUCGUUAGCAUUGAUUGACUGCCCCAACCUCCCCUGCUCUCCCUUUUUCUAGAGUGUAGAAAGGGAAAAGCCAUGGGGCUGCACAGCUCCAAAAAGCACUUUGGCAUUGCUGCUUUUGCAGUCACUGGCUGUCACACUCUGCAAGGGUUCUGAGCGAGCCUGACCACCCCUGUCCCUGCCAGCAGCAUGGGGAAGAGGAGCAAGUGCUACACUGCUACCAGAGAGCAUGGUGAGGAGAGCCUCCGUGCCGUACACCCGGCUAAGAGCUUAGCAUUUAAGAGCUGCUUCCUGAGCGACCUAGCUCUCCUGCCAAGACUUACCUGCAGCCCCCAGGCCCUUUCCCUUCUUGUAGCGCUUGGGCUGUUAGCGUACCUCCAGGGGUGUCAGGCAAAGGGCCAACCCAGAAGUUCAAACACUAAAGGGUGAGGUGAACACUACUAAUAACCUGCAACCUUGGAGGCGUUACCAUUGCUGACACUGUGUGCUGGGGGGGCAGGUUGGUGUCUGAUUUGCUGGGGGAAACCAGAGCAAGCCAGGAGAGUCCUUCCUGGCCUGCAGGCUCUGCUCCACAGGGAGAGGAAGGUUAGCAGUGGGUAAAGGAGGAGUGUAUUUUUCCCCCCUCUUGCAGGAGUCCUGUUUUACCCCUUUACUCUUUCCUUACCUCUUCUUUAUUUUUCAGGUUUUGCACAGUUCUUGUAAACAUCACUUAAAAAUAAAUUCCCCCUAGCAAGGUUGAUGCAGCCUCAGGUGUUUUCCUCUGCAGGAUUUUGCUGGCUUCUCAUGACCAAGAGACCCAUGAUGUGCCAGUUAGAUGCCUUGGAGGUUGAAGGUGUGCUUACUAGGUUGCCCACCAGCCUUCCCCUCUCUGUCUUUGGAGAUGUUGAGGUGUUAAAUAUCCAUCUGUGGAGAUAUUCAAGCCCUGACAGGGUUCCGUCCUGGAUGACCUGCUGUAGCUGACCCUGCUCAAUCAGGGAAUUGGACUAGAUGAUAUCCAGAUGUCCCUGCUAGCCUCAGCUCUUCUGUGUCUUGUCUGUCCCUUGUAUGAGGUAGGAGUCUUGUGACGAGCAAUAGUGAACAGCAGCCAGUAAGCUGCCCAUGAGCUGCACAGGUGAUUAGGACAAGAUUAAUAUAUGUUGUUCACGGCAAGUAUAGACAGAUUAACCUUGCAAAGAGUUGGGCUGUGCCUGCUUUGGUGGUAGGGAAUGCUCAUCCAAAAGGUGGAGAAAUGCUUUCAUUUCCAUUUCCAGCAUGCUGAGGGGGAACAGGGUGCAUUUUCAGGGGCUGGGACAGUUCAUGAAGAGGUCUGGGGGCUAAGUCUUCUUUGUGUGCAGCUUUAAGGAGGUUAAAGCAGAUCUUGCUCUGUGCUGCCCAAGGAAGAGGGACCGAUGAUUAUCUUACUUCACGCUGCCUCAGAAAUGUAGAACUUCCUACCAAGUUUUCUGUCUAUGUUUCUUUUUCCUUUUUUUUUUGCCUUUCUUUUAAAGCAGUUCGUUAAUAUUCAUUAAAAAAUACUGUAUAGUUUAACCUGAUGUCAUACUGGAUCUUUUUUAAAAAAAAAGAUGUGAUAAUUUGGAUUUCUAAAGAGCUCUUUGGUUCUAGGUAGCUGGUUUUUGCUGUUUAAUAUGUAGUAAGUUCAGUGUAUGCUUUACUGUAGGAGUAAAACCAAGGAAGGUUAAUCUUGUCUUUACAGAAGGGCUUGGUGGUGACGGAGGCUGUGACUGUGGGACGGCCAGGCAGGGAGCACAGCACCCAUCUGAACCCUCGCUCUGUUCCUACCUUGGGCUGUGGUUAGCUCUGCUCUUGCCUGAAGCAGCCUGGUGCAGCUGCCACAGGUCCCACAGAGAUGGGGGUUCAGGGGUCGCCCAACUGCUUGAGCACAGCACUGGUAGCCAGGGUCAGUGCCCAGAGCUGGGAGCUUGCAGAGCCUCUGGGGGCCUUUGUGGCAGUAUUUCUUUCUAGGGAAGCUGCUGGCUAGAGGAGGGGUUUGGAGAAAUUUAGUGUGGCCCCCGAAUGGCUGUGCCCCUCUCUCUUCCCUCCUCAGGGGCCUGGGUGGCUGGACAGCCUCAGGUGCUUGGGGCAGAGGAUUGUGGUGGGUCCCAGACAUAGCUUCGUACCAUGUGCUGGCCACGGAGCUGCCAGAUCCUGUCACCUUGGUACCAGCUGGGUGCAGGGACUGUUGGGGAGCAUUUCCCUCAUGUUGAGCAUCUGGGAAAGCCCUUGGUGUCCCAGCAAUGAGCUCCAGCUCCACUUAGGACUUGGAAACAGCCAAGCAGCACGCCGGGCAGAGAGAGCAUCAUCAGGCUAUGCACUCGGGGGUCUGUGCCUGGCGGAGAGGGAAUGCUGUGGGGAGCUUGGCGCGGAUGAGCCCAGGUCCCAGUCAUCAGCCAGUGCCUCUGAGUAGGGGCCUUCAGGUUCAAAAACAUCUUGGUGCAGAGUUAGAGCGUCAUUAAGUAGGACUGGCUGUGGGCCCAUGGUGACUCAGUCUCAUCUUGUUUGCUGCCCUGCAACAGCCCAAAUCCAGUAGAAACCUGCAGUGGCUUCUGCUGCCAGACCUCGGUGCUGGCAGGCGGAGGACCUGUGUGGAUUGGGUGGUUGAGCAGCUGUCAAGAGCCUCGGGUAUAUUUUUAUUGGGAGAUUGUUGAGUUGGAAGCAGCUGUCUUGCAUACAGGUGGGCUGGGGGAGCAGGUCUAUCUCCGUUGCUGUGCCUUUGGGUCUUGUUUUGCACCAAGAGGUGGUAGAACUAGCAGGAGGCACAUGAGUGUCAGGAGUGCACAGUGCUGUGUGGGGAGGCAGGGGCUGGCCUGGGGGGGCCAAUGUUCCCUGGGCAUCACACCAUGAAGGGCUCUCUGCUAAUUGCUGGUGUUCCAUUUUCAAACCAAAGAGCAGUUGUGGCCAAAGCCUCUUGGGAGUAAAACAUGUUUCUGCUCUGUCCCUGUGUUGCACUUCGCUUCUGACAUUUAUUUCAAGAGACUUUCAGGAUUCUUCAUGCUGCCUCCACUUUGCCUCUCGCAUCACUCAUCGCCCCACAGCACCCAAGAGGGUUGCCAUGCUGGAGCUGGUGUUUCGCCAGCCUCUUGACAAGUGCUUGCGUGUGUCUUCAAGACCUGGUUGCCAGACUGCCUGAGGUUGCUCUGUAGGGUUAGAGUAGGGGAUGGUCCCUCUCGAAGGGUGGUUCUCUUUGGCAGGCAGCUUCAGCAUAGGAUGCCGCUAGGGAGGCAGCAGGGAGAAUUAGGCUGGCUGAAGGCAGUGUGGAUGUUGUCCAGGAGAUAAAUCCUGCUCUCUAGGGCUGCUGUUCCUCUGGCUUCCUGGGUCCAGGAAGAAGGUAGUCUGUUACCUGGGCUUUUUUUCCAUAUUUGUUUCCCUUUACCCUACCUACAGGAUGCCUUUAGCUGUGUCUCAGCCCCUUUCUCUCCACAGCUAUUUUGCUUACACUUUUAUAAGACCUUCUAGGCUUCUUUGCCCUUUGUUCAGUUCUUUAUUUGUAAGCAGUGGUUUGGUUUUCAUCCCUUUCAUAAUUUUGAUUGUGAGGUCUCUUCCCCCCUCUCCUCCCCUUCCCCUCUGCCCAGUUCUUCUCCCAGGCUGGAUUCAGGUGAUACCAGACCACUGGUGUUGAGGUCAGGUGUUUGGAACCCAAAUCUUGCUGGAAACCAGCAGGUGCUUCUGGUCCUUCCCCCAUGAGGUCGCCCGUCUUACUGGACAUGGAUGGUGCCUGUCGCCUGGCAGCUUGGCUUAGUUGGGUCAUGUCUGUGGUACAGCUGGCUCUGGCGAGCAAGUCCAAGCCAGGACAGACAGGAGCCAGAGCAGAGCUGUAGGAAACAGGCACUGAGGUGAGAGCAGCCAUUUCCGUGGUGGGUCCCUUUGCCACAUCUCCAAGGGUGGGGAGUAAGUUGGUGAAGGGCUGUCACCCAUUCCUAGGGAGAAGUCAUGGCACUGGGGUGGGGUUGGACUUCUCAGUUCCCCUGGGAAUGCCUGUGGAGCAGCUGUGUGCAUUGGGCAGGUGGCUGAGCUGAGUUAGCCAUAGUGUGGACAUUCCUGGGACUGUAGGUAUGCCCAGGUGCCCCUGCCAGCUCUCUGGGGAGCAGACUCCAUCCCAGUGAUGUGGAUGGGAACAAAUACACACUCUGGUCUUGGGGCCCAUGUGCUGGAGUAGGGGGUGAGGGGAAAAGCGUCCUCUGAACAGUGGUUUGGGACCAUCUCUGAGUGCUCAAACCUGCCCUUGCACUGUUACGAGGGAGGAGGGCACUAUCUACACUUCCCUGUGGUAUUUACCAUCAAGUCCAGGCUGCAUCCAGAGCCUGGCUAUUAAUAACAAGCAAAAAAUCCCUGUUGUUCUUCAGAGUUUGACUCUUCCUCUGUUGGGUGGUGAGUUCAUGUGUGGGAAGGUUCCUGCACAUGUAGGCCUAACACUGAGAUGCAAUAACAGUAGGCUGGAAAGGUUUGGGGAUGGCCUGGCUUCUCCCAAGUUGCCAGUCUCCCUCUGCAGCAUUUCCUAGCAGCUGCCUCUGCCACUUUCUGGAUGUGGAGAUGCUGUUCUCGCAGCAUGCCUGGGGUGCUUGGCGGGGAAAGCAGGACCACAGGUGGGAGCUGGACCAUGGGCUUGUCUCUGAAUGCCUCUGAGCCAUGGAUCUGAAGGAUUUCAUGGCUGGUGAGGUACUUGGGCUCCUCCUAACCUGCACUUGUGCCAUUGGCAGAGUUCCCAGGGCCGUGGGAAGUUGCGGCCAAGGAUGAUGAGGUUUGUGUGGCUUGCAGUGCCUUUAACACUGCUCUCCAUGUGUUUCUAAGAUGAUACUCCAUGUAUGUGUGUAUAUAUAUUGUAUUAACACAUCCUGCUCUUCUGUGUGAGUGUCAAAUGGUUUUGCUUUACUAAUAAAUUUAUAGUUAUUUAUACCU